AUGCUAGAGGUGCAGGGAGUGGUAGUUUUCGGUCUGAUAUUAUGGACCUUAAUUGAGGAGGCAAGUGGGUUCUCAGGUGGUGUUUGGGUGCUCUGGAAGAAAACUAAAUUUCAAGUUGAUGUUUGGGACUCUAACUCACAAUCAAUUACUGUUAAAAUUUCUGGUGGGGGAUUACAAGAUUGGCUUCUAACUGGUCUCUAUGCUAGUCCAUGCUACUCUACCAGGCAAGGGUUAUGGAGAUAUUUAACUGCUGUUUCUGCAACUACUCAAUUGCCUUGGGUUGUGUUGGGUGAUUUUAAUGAGCUGGUGAACUUCUCUGACAAAAAUGGUGGUUCUUAUGCUGGAAAAUUUAAGGGUCUCAAAGAAUGGGUACAAAGGGAAGCCAUGAUGGACCUUGGAUACAAUGGUGCUUCUUUUACUUGGUCUAAUGGACAAGUUAAAGAAAGGUUGGAUAGAGGAUUUUGCAAUGGUGAUUGGAGAACAAAAAAGAAGAUUGCUGGCAAGAAUAGGUGGGAUUCAAAGGUGCUAUUAUGCAUUAAAGAUAAUCAGUUUCUGAGAAAGCUAGAACACAGUCUUACCCAGCAGUAUGAAACCAUCCGGGAUCAUGAAGCAAUGCUAUGGAAACAAAAAUCUAGAGAAAAAUGGAUCAAGGAUGGUGAUAGAAACACAAAAAAUUUUCACAUCACAACUAUGGUGAGAAGAAGAAGGAAUAAAAUCGAUGACCUUUUUUAUGCUAAUGGUGUGUGGAGUGAGGCUCCGGACAACAUGAAAAACACAGCAAUGAUGUUCUUUCAAAAGCUAUUUGCAUAUGAGGAAGGUCCUGACUUGAGAAUCCUUAUCCCUUCCAUUUUUCCUACUAUUGAGCAUUCAAGAUUGGAUGACCUUGCUACACCUGUAACUGCUGCUGAGAUUAAAUCUGCCCUUUUUUCUAUUGGUAGUUUAAAAGCUCCAGGAUUUGAUGAUGAAAGUUCAAAGCACCAGCACCCAAAGAUGAAUGAAAUUCCUGAUGGUUUAAACGAUACGCUCAUUACCUUGGUGCCCAAGACUGAAAGUCCUAAACAUAUGCACUUAUUCAGACCUAUAAGCCUUUGCAGCACCCUUUAUAAAAUCAUCUCCAAAAUCAUUGUUGCAAGGAUUAGACCUAUUCUCACUAGUUGGAUCAGCCCCAACCAAGUAAGUUUUGUUCCUGGAAGACACAUCUCCGACAAUAUCCUCAUUACUCAAGAGAUACUCCAUAAGUGUCGAACAACAAAAGGUAAAAAGGGUUUCAUGGUUUGGAAGAUUGAUCUUUCCAAAGCCUAUGACAAGCUGCGCUGGAGCUUUAUUCACCAAGUCCUUACUGAACUUAUGAUUCCUGACUCACUUACAAAGCUCAUUAUGCAUUGUAUAACUUCUACUACCUUUCAGGUUAUCGUGAAUGGGGACUUAUCUAGCAAACUUAGUGCUGGCAGAGGGGUGAGACAGGGAGACCCCCUUUCUCCAUACAUUUUUGUGCUAUGUAUGGAAAAUUUAUCUCACUUGAUUCAAUCGGCAGUUGAGGUGGGUCAAUGGAAGCCAAUUCAAUCCUCAAAGUCUGGACCUUUUGUUUCUCAUUUAUUUUUUGCAGAUGAUCUAAUCUUAUUUGCUGAAGCUUCUACUACUCAAACUAGAGUUUUGAAGAAAUGCAUGGAUAUAUUCUGUGGCCUCUCUGGACAAUCUGUAAAUUUUGAGAAGUCCAAAUUAUAUUGCUCUCCAAACAUCAAGCGAAGGAUAGCCAGAUCUAUUAGUCGAGUUUGUGGUUCUCCUCUCACCUCUAACUUGGGAAAAUAUCUAGGUAUGCCUCUCAUUCAUUCUAGAGUUAAUAUGCAUACUUACUCUGAACUUGUGGAUAAAGUCCAGAACAAGCUUGCAGGUUGGAAAAGUAUAGCCCUCAAUAUGGCUAGGAGAUUGACUCUUGUUCAAGCUGUUACAACUUCCACUCCUAUCUAUGCCAUGCAAACUACUAAGCUUCCUGCCUCUACAUGUGAUACUUUGGAUAAGAUAAUAGGAAUUUUCUUUGGGGAGAUUUCUGGUAUUGGUAUUCUAUGUGAUCAUGCUAUUGAUCAAUCAAUGGUUGAUAAAGACCUCAUGGUUCAAGAUUUUUGGAUUGGAAAAGAGUGGGAUGCCACCCUGCUUUUUGCAUGUCUUCCUUCUGAAAUAGCUGAGAAAAUCUUAAGUAUCCCAAUUGGCCUAUCAAACUCUCCCGAUAAACCAAUCUGGUCACACUCUUCUACUGGUAAGUUCUCAGUUAAGAGUGCUUAUUAUGGAGUUAUCAAUCCUACUAUGAGGAACAAUAGUAUUUGGAAGAGUAUCUGGCACCUCAACAUACCUCCAAAACUCAAGAUUUUUACAUGGUUGUUUGUGCAUAAAAGAUUGCCCACAAAUGUGAACAGAGCUAGGAGACACCUAACCAUUGAUUCUAGUUGUCAUUGCUGUCCUGGUGAACCUGAAACCAUGCUUCACCUCUUCAGAGAUUGUCCCCAAGCUAUGGCCAUUUGGAAGUGUUUCGAUAUCCCUGCCACUAUCUCCAGAACCUUCAUGUUAGAUUGGGAUGGUUGGAUAUCUGCAAGUAUUCUUCAAAAAAACUGUAAGUGCAUUGGCUUCAAUUGGUCCCAACUUUUCAUUUUCAUCUGUUGGUUUAUUUGGAAGUGGAGGAAUAAGGUAAUUUUUGAUGCAAACUUUAGCUUUCCUUAUAAUCCUACUGCUAAUAUUACCGAAUAUGUUAUUGAAUGGAUCAAUGCUAAUCAAAGGAGUUGUACAUACUAG